ACGAACUACAUUGACAGAUAAAAUAAUGAGUGUAAAAUAAUUUUGACAUAUUUUAGAUUGAAAUAUUUCUAUGAAAAUAAUGGAAGCAACACGUAAUAUCGAAGAAGGCCUUAGUGUAAAUAUUAAACGUACCGAUGGUCGAAUUCAUUCGGCAUUAAUUUCUGGUAUUAAUUGGGAUACAAGUAGUGUAACAGUUGAAUGGUUUGAACGUGGUGAAACAAAAGGCAAAGAAGUUGAAAUUGCUGCCGUUUUAGCUUUAAAUCCUGAUUUAAGCACAUUUAUACAACCGGAUCCAUCACAAAUACAUAAUUUAGCUUUACAAGAGUCACGAAUUGUUUCUUGUGCUGAUUCAUCUGAGGAAUCUGAAGAUGUAUCGACUACAGAUCAGUUUCAUUGUUCGAAAGAGGAUGUGAAUAGUAAUUCAAAUUCGAAUAUACCUGCAACAGCAACCUUAUCAGUUCGUCAACAAACCAACAAUCGACCGAGUACGUCACGGCCUCAAAUACCUACAGCCGGUAAAGGUUCAAAAUCACGUGCUUCGGGUAUUCCCAUUGUGAAUCAUGUGGAAAAUGUCUCACAACAAGUAACUUCUACGCCAGUUUCAUCCCGAUACAAUGUCCAGACGAGUAACGCAACGAGCACACCUGCUGGAGGUGGUGGAGGUCGUACAGGAGCACCACGACGCAGUAAUGUUGUAAAAGAAGUGGAACGCUUAAAAAAGAACCGUGAAGAGCGUCGUUUACGUCAAGCCGAAGAGAAAGCGGAAAAAGAGGCGCUAAUGAAUCAAGAUCCUGGUAAUCCAAAUUGGGAAUUUUUAUCAAUGAUACGAGAUUAUCAAGCUGGUAUCGAAUAUAAACCGUUAAAAGGUAACGAACCCCAGGAUGAAUAUCAAAUAACGGUGUGCGUGCGUAAACGACCCUUAAAUAAAAAGGAACUGUCGAAGAAAGAAGUUGAUGUGAUCAGUGUGCCUGGAAAGGAUUCUAUAAUUGUACAUGAGCCCAAAAAUAAAGUUGAUUUAACGAAAUAUUUAGAAAAUCAACAUUUUCGAUUCGAUUAUGUGUUUAAUGAGCAAUGUUCGAAUGAUCUAGUUUACAAGUAUACAGCAAAACCGUUAGUGAAAACAAUCUUCGAAGGUGGCAUGGCAACAUGUUUUGCAUAUGGUCAAACUGGCUCAGGGAAAACUCAUACAAUGGGAGGAGCGAACAGUGGUCGGGGCCAAGAUUGCAAAGAUGGUAUCUAUGCAAUGGUCGCUAAAGAUGUGUUCCACUACUUAAGUUUACCCAAAUAUAAAGCUAUUAACUUGAUUGUAUCUGCUAGUUUUUUCGAGAUAUAUUCUGGGAAAGUUUUCGAUUUACUAGCGGAUAAACAGAAAUUACGAGUGCUAGAAGAUGGCAAAGGUCAAACGCAGAUAGUUGGCCUAACUGAGAAAGUUGUUGAUACUGUAGAAGAAGUUUUACGAUUGAUUCAACAUGGAAAUUCAGCGCGUACUUCAGGACAAACCUCAGCAAAUGCGAAUUCAUCGAGAUCGCAUGCUAUAUUUCAGGUGCUUCUAAGACAAUACGGUCAGCAGAAGGUUCAUGGGAAAUUCUCACUUAUUGAUUUAGCUGGAAACGAACGUGGUGCGGAUACAUCAUCGGCAAACCGACAAACAAGAAUGGAAGGAGCUGAAAUCAAUAAAUCAUUACUCGCACUAAAAGAAUGUAUACGUGCGUUAGGAAAGAAAGGAACACAUUUACCGUUUCGUGUCAGUAAAUUGACGCAAGUAUUACGGGAUUCUUUUAUUGGAGACAAAUCACGAACAUGCAUGAUUGCAAUGGUCUCACCUGGCAUGAGUUCUUGUGAGAACACUUUGAACACGUUACGGUAUGCGGAUCGGGUCAAGGAACUAGCUGUCACGGAUCCAGAGAUCAAAACUGAAAAUAAAAGUCAUGAGGAGAAAGCAAACAUUCAUUCAACCAUUGAAACCGAACAGGUUACGGAAAAUUCAGAUUUAGAACGGUUACGAUCGUUAAAUGAAGGAGAUAUGUCAGCUGAUAUGUAUAUUUUCCACGAAGCGAUAUCUCAACUUCAAAUGGCUGAAGAUGAAGUGUUAGAUAAUCAUAAAGCGAUGAUCGAAUAUUUAGAAGAGACUCAAGUACAAGCAGCGGAAAUUUAUGAAUUAACAAAAGAUGUUGAUUACGAUCAAGAUGCUUAUUCUCAACAAUGGGAGUCGUUAUUAACUCAACAAAUAUCUGUUUUAAGUCAUGCACGUAAUUUAGUUACGGAAUUUCGAUCAAAACUUGUCAAUGAAGAACAAAUGAGUCAAAAUAUGAAAAGAAAUCACUUUCAUUAAACUAAAUUAAAUUCAUAGACUUAUAAAAUGUUGAUAUUUUGUAAGUCUAUGGUUUUUUAUCAAAUAAUCUAUAUUUAUUACCACAGACAAAACAAUUUAUUUCAUUGUGUGAUUACAUAAAUCACAUUUUUAAAUUAGGACCAUGUGACCAUAGCCCAAAAUUUAAUUAAUAUUCAAUCAUUUCUUCAUCUAACCUCAAAACAAAGCUCCGAGUAUUUGAUAAUCAAACAUGGCGGUCCAAGGAAUAAGUCCGAAAAACUGACAGAAAUACAGCUUGGAUCAAAUAUGGCGACCAAGAACUGAAAGUAUUCCAACUUAAGGUUCGCUUGGACCUUUGAUGAGCUAUGAAGUGAAUAAGUGAUUGAAUAAACGAAAUCAAAGCGCACAGAUCUAGCUAAUUUUUAAAAAAAAUUUGUUUUUCUUGGUAGUUUGAAUUUUAGUUAAUAAUACGUACCUGUAAAAAGAUUCCAAAAUAAAUUAUUUUAUACAUAUCGAAUGAGAAGGGGAGGGGAUAGGUAAGGAAAAAGGACUCCCCCUUUCUUACUUUAGUUUUUUAAGAAAUAUUUAUUUUUUUUAGUACAAUUCUUGGCAGUCUAACGAUUUCCUUGUCACCAUAAUUAGUCAAUCAGGCUGACGAUCGAAUCAAUAUAAUUGGAUCUCUCAUUUUUUCAUGUUUAUGCUUCAGGGGUAAGAGGGAGGGAGAAGGAAAGA